CAUUCUGUCUGUGUCUCUCUUUUUUAAGUAGGCUCCACACCCAACGUGCGGCUUCAACUCACGACCCCGAGAUCAAGAAUCGCAUGCUCUACCAACUGAGCCAGUCAAGCGCCUCCUAGGCUCCCCUUCUCCAUCCAGCUUCAGAGCCACCUCACUCUCGUGGUCUGUGAGACCCUACCACAGAUCCAAUGCCUUGAUCAAGUCCUCUCAACCUCCACUCCGUCUCUAGUUCUCAUCUCGGUCUCACAACCAACUUCAAUACUCCAAAGCCCAGGCGACUAUAACCAGAGCCUCCAAAUCCUCUAAGCGACCCAUUUCUCUAGAUCCUCCCAAGCCCGCAUACAUACACUUGACUGUGAACUCCACAAUGGGAGUUGAGGGAUUGUGCUUGCCAAAAUGCACCCAUGAAGCAGGGCCCAGUGCCUGGCACAGUCCAGAGCCACUGCCUUGCCCCCAGGAGACCGAAGACAUGGCACCCAAGAAGGCCAGGAGAAGGGCGGCAGCAGAGGGCGGAAGCUCCAAUGUCUUCUCCAUGUUCGACCAGACUCAGAUCCAAGAGUUCAAGGAGGCCUUCACGGUAAUCGACCAGAACCGUGAUGGCAUUAUCGACAAGGAAGAUCUGCGGGACACCUUCGCAGCCAUGGGGCGCCUCAAUGUGAAGAAUGAGGAGCUAGAUGCCAUGAUGAAGGAAGCCAGUGGUCCCAUCAACUUCACCGUCUUCCUGACCAUGUUUGGAGAGAAGCUUAAAGGUGCUGAUCCUGAGGACGUGAUCACUGGAGCCUUCAAGGUCCUGGAUCAUGAGGGGAAGGGCACCAUCAAGAAGCAGUUCCUGGAGGAGCUGCUUACCACGCAGUGCGACCGCUUCUCCCCGGAAGAGAUCAGGAACAUGUGGGCAGCGUUCCCCCCCGACGUGGGAGGCAAUGUAGACUACAAGAACAUCUGCUACGUCAUCACGCAUGGCGACGCCAAGGACCAGGAGUAGGGGACCCUCUUAGGCCUCUGCUGGCCAAUGCCUCCUGCCAG